GGUGUUAAACUCUAAUUAUUUUGAAGAAUAAUAUUUUCGUUUUAUAUAAUUAAAAACCGUUUAUUGUUCCUAAAAUUUAAUUUACUGCAAUUUGACCGUUUUGCUUUAUUGUCUAAAAAAUUAUUGAAGUAAUAGAACAAAGUUGACUAGUGCCAUUAUUCUAAUAGAUAGUACCCAUUGGUUACCUAAAUUACCUUUGGUCAUAAUGAGAACAAUGAAAAGUGUUGUGCUUUUCCUGCUUUUUAUUAAAUUUAACUUAUUGGGAGCUGAUAUUUCUUAUUCAUAUCAUUUCAACACAUAUAAACCUACUGAAUUGUUUUAUAACGGAGAGGGCUACUUCUAUGACAUUCCAGACAACUGCACCAGAAUUUUGAACUCAUUUGCAGAAAGUGCAAUGAAUUUUACAAGAUGCUCUAUUCUCCAUGCAAGACCAGUAAAAUUGUGCAGGGAAUGUGUAAAUGAUUAUGUACAGUUCUUUGAUACAUAUCAAAAAUUAUUGCAUACAGAGAUCAAUGGAACUACUUGUACAUUUAUGUACUUAUCACAUGACAGAUUCGAAGUGGUUCUUUCAUACUAUAAUAACAUAGAUGCUAUUUGGAAUAAGGGAAAUUGUAAUGGAUGUUUCAACUGGUCUACUGAAAUCCCUCAAGUUUCUAAUAGCACUAAAAAAUUUAUUAACAUGUUCAAUGAAACCGUGGACUGCAUCAAGUCAAAUUAUUAUCCAUCUAUGAAUGACACUGAGGAAGUAUGCCAAAAGUGCUCGCAGUCAUAUAUACAGUUGGAUGAAUAUUACAAAUCAUUGAGCAGUGAUUCUAUUGGAGUGGACAGCAUUUGUAUGGAUAUUGUCGAUUCUAUGAACACCACUAGAUCCAUUUGGAGUAAAACACUAAACUGUUGUAAACUCAGAAGGCAUCCUGAGAUAAUAUUUUUAUGUGUUACUGGAGUUAUAUCAUUUCUUCCCUUACUCUUCUAUUUUGUGGUGAGGUACUGUGGACCAAUCAGGGACUUACCAAAUGUGUUGAAACAAUCAAGGUUCAAGCAAACAAUUUUGAGGUCAGCUGAUGGAAGAAUAAAUUAGACUGGUAUCAUUGACUUACAAUUAUAUGGAUGUAGGGUCCGCACUAAAGUGUCCGAACUUAUAGGGCGUUAAAAUCGUAUACAGAGCGUCAUUCACGCUUUAGUCUUCGUUUGUUCGACUGACA